AUGGCGGCGGUUCGGCUCGUGCUGUUUACGCUCGUGGUGGCAGCGGCGGCGGCGCUCCUGGCCGUGCGGCCGGCCUCGGCGGGCGUGCCGGACAUGGGCGCGCUGGACGCCCUUGCGGCGGGGAAGAAGCAGUGCUCGGGCGCCGUGGGCGAGUGCGGCGUGGACGAGGCGGAGGAGCUCGGGCUGAGCGGCGUCGGCGCGGGCGAGGAGAUCGUUCGGCGGACGCUGGCGGCGCGGCAGCCCCGGAACCGGUACAUCAGCUACGCAGCGCUGCGGGCGGACCAGGUGCCCUGCAACCAGCGCGGCCGCUCCUACUACAGCAACUGCGGCGCCGGCGCGCAGAAGGCCGCUAACCCCUACCGCCGCGGGUGCUCCGUCAUCACCCGCUGCGCCCGCAACACCAACUGAUCCAUCCGUGCGUCCAUGGGGAUCCAUCCGCCUGCCUGCCUUCUUUGCUCGCGCACAGCACAGCUUGACGUCGGCCGACGGCGGCGGCGGCGGAGGAGGCGGCGCUACGACGAUACGUACAAACCCAAUGCAACUAUUAUUAUUGUUCUUGAUUGAUUGAUCGCCAUGUUUGUUCAUUUAUAAUUUGGUCGACAAGAUUCUGUAUUGAAAA